AUGGAGGCUGAAGAGCUCGUCGACGCUGUACCGCAAAAGCGGUUCAAGCACCAAUCGUAUAACCAACAACUAAAAGAGGUCCAUCUGCCGUCUGUGUUCAACAAGCUGCAAUAUGAGACAGAGGUUGCGGACAAUGAUUCGCAUUUUCAUCAAGCACUCGACGACUGGAGGCAGCUCAGUAUGGCACCUAGCUUCCUCAAGUUUGCGAAGAAAGCAGAUCCUCUGUCGGGGUCGAUGGCGUUGCUUCUGCAUCAUUGGCAGGACAUCAUGGCGUUGUGGGGGGAAGCUAUGGAUAGCUCAGACGACGAAGGAUUGCGGGCACUCCUCGAUCUACUGCAAAAGUUUACACACGACCUACGAACGACUAUCGCACCAGCGUAUAACGAUCUCCUGGACCGGUUACUCAAUCUAUUAGCAAAGUCAAUAUCACCAACGGCCCUCACGAGUCUAUUGGAAACUUUCAACUGUCUAUUCCGGUACCUCUUGGUGCCCUCAAUACACCUAGAUCUCCUAGAACACACUUGGACACGGAUAAAAGCGACUCUACCAAAAUGUUUACCAGAAAUCCAACGAGCUAUGGCGGAGGUGUGGGGUUCUGUGUUGCGGAAGCUCAAAUCGACGGCGAGGGUCAAGGCAGUUACGUUGUUGGCUGCUGAAGCAGAGGUGGUGGACGACGCAUCGGCGUGGGUUUUGGUUUAUGCUUGCAAGUCGGUUUCGCAAACCCUGCAUACAGCAACGCCUUCGAUAUUUUCACCUAUUCUUGCCUACCAUCUCGACGCGGAAGAUCCGGAGCCAACGUUCAAGCUUCUUCGUCGAAGUCUUACCGCCUUGAUCCACCACGUAAAAACAGCAGACCAGUUCGCAGACUUGGGAAACCUUCUCAUCCAACAACUCAAAACCGUUUCUCAAGGCACGAACGUGCAACAUCUCAAACGUACAUUGGCGGUUGUCACUGUCAUCUCUUCUGUCAGGCAAGGCUCCCGGUUAACUGAAAACCAAAAGACUACAUUGGUUUCCCACCUCGAAACACUACCUAUCACAUCGGAUCUGCAUCCUUCACUUUUACCCUUUGUCACAUCUAUCUAUGCCGCCACGGACAUGUCACACUGGAUCGGCCCGGGCCUCAAGUUCUUGCAACGAAGCUGGGGAAUCAUCGAGAGGCGCGAAAAUGACGCGGACGACGCGACUUGUAUACAGUUCAGCUUGAAACUACAUGGAUCGCUUGCGGAACUGGGAUGGGGAGGGUGGAAGAUGGUCGCGUUACCUCUGGUUCUCAAGGCUACCGUCAGACCGAACCUGUUGGAAAGUGAACCCUCGAAAUUGUUGGCCUUUUGUGCUUCCCUCAGACGUCUCAAGAAGAUCAGCCCGAAUGAAGUCGAUUUUGUGUGGAGGACGAAGAUUGAAAAGUGUGCUUUGGCGAGGCUGGAGGUUUUGAAAGAGCAGACUGGUGAAGCCGUUGACACCGAAAUCAACGAUAUCUUCACCCUUUCGCCGUUUUUCUCAGAAGCCGUCAUUCCAGCGCUUAUUGGGUUGAUCGAUUUCAACCUCCAGAAGUCGGCAGAUCCGGCGACAGAUACCCCUCGAGCCUGGGUCAUCGAAGGAGCCGUUCAGGCUCUUUCGAGACGACCUGCCAAAGAGUGGACAACCAAGGUGCCACUGCAAGCAUGGUCGAAGCAGGCCAUCGAACGAUGGUCCUGGUCCCACCACGUUAUUGGAUCCAUGGUCGUGCUAUCCGAGUCGAUAACAUCAAAUGUCGAGCAAUUACCCUUCGAUUCAGCAUACCCGAAUCUGCAGUCUGCGCUGUUAUCGUAUUCGAGACCGUUGCGUCUCAGUGCGUUGAGGUUCCUCAACUCGAAGCUUGUCAAUGUCCCGGAGGGCGCUGGGGAGGUUGUGAAGCGGUGUCUCCAGGGAGAAGAAGCGACGGUUGACCUGCAGGGUGUACGUGAACGAGUGCUUAGGAUAGGGAGGGUGGGGCAGGUUGUUGGUGAUCGCCAGGGAGCCGAUGUUUGUGCUCGAUGGUUGAUAGCCCAACUCAAGGUUAACCUUCGCCCGCUUUGGUCGCCUGCGAUAGCUGCGAUCGGGUCUUUGGCACAGCGGUUUGGCGACCUCGUUUGGCAAUUGCUGUUUGCGGAACUGCGUUCGGUCACGUCGUCUGAUUCGAGCGAGAGAAAGGUUUCGAAUGGCGGGGUGUCGGAUGCGGAGCAAAUGUCGGAUGAGGACGUUGAUCCGUGGGAGGAGGAAAGGUCGUGGAGGGAUCCUAGUGCGCAUAAACUGCGGGUUGUGUCGGCCCAAUGGGAGGAUGAGGCUCAUGGGGUCAAAGAGUACAUCAAGUCACACCAGGAAAAAGAACGUUUCGAUGCCGCAACGUACGAAUUUCAACUCUUGUCAGGGUUGGGCGAAUGUUCUUCCUUGGUCGAAAAGUACAACCGGGAAUUGAUCCCUUAUUUUCUCGGCCUCCUCACGCCUUCCUUUGACGCAACGACCAACGCCAACAUUCAACUCUCCGACAUCCAAAUAUCCAAGCAAAAACUCAUCUCGUGGUUCACGCUCUUCUCCAAGUUCGCCAAUCCCAAAGCCCUCUAUGCGACCUCGACUUUGAAAUCCGUCUAUGUUUUGUUCCUCUCCCAUCCUUAUCGGCCGCUUCAGAGGAUAGCGUUGACGUGUUUGCUCACCUACAAGUCACCGCACCUGACGUCGCACGAGGACAAGUUUCGCGCUCUCCUGGAUGACACGCGGUGGAGGGACGAGUUGACGACUUUGGAGUUGGUCAAUCUGGAGCAUCGGGAGAGGGAGGAAGUCGUUGAUGUUCUCACUCGGCUUCUGUUCGGUCUGAUGUUGGAGAAGAAGGGUCGGACGAGGGGAACGGAUCGGCGCGCUGCUGUCUUAACUGCGUUAGCCAACUGCACGGACGAGGAACUUGGGCUGUUGGUUGAUCUCAUGUUGCAGCCGCUUGGGAUGGACAGGAACUCGCAUUCCUCUGCGGCCGAGUCUGGGUUCGAGUUUGGGACGUUUGGUGGGGAGGUUGGGGAUGGUCAGAUGGUUGGGUAUUUGAUGUUGUUGGGUGAUUUGAUGAGGUUGCUUGGGUCGCGGUUGGUCAAUUAUUGGCCGGCACUGCUUGGUUCUACCAUCGACUUGGUCAACUAUGCGCAAAGCAAGAUUCAGGAACUUGCUCCUGCGGGCCAGCAGUCUGCGGAAGAGGCGCCGGAGAAUGAGGAUGAAGUGGAGGAUGAAGGAGUUGAGGAAGCUGCCCAUGUUGAUUCGGCUUCGUCGUCCACCAACCCGCGGACGUUGCGUACCAUCCGUCAGUUGGGUUUGAAGCGGUUUGCGGAUUUCUUCCGUGUGCCUAUCUCGUUCCCGUUCGACCCUUACCUACCUUCGGCGUUCUCGUCGUUCAUCUCGCCUCGACUCGCCCACCUGGCCCAGGAAAAUACGCAAGCACCGUCGGCUUUGCUUGACCUCUUCCAAGUAUGGUCCCGGGAGCACGCGCAGGUGUUCUUCCUGGUGCAAUAUGACAACCGACUGUUGCCGUCCUUGUAUAACUGUCUCGUCGCCACCAACGUCAAGCCCGCCGUGGUCGAUCGCGUCUUCGACAUUGUGGAGAAGAUACUUGGACAUGCAGAGGAGGAUCCGGAGGUUACUACGCGCGUUUUGGAACCUCAUGUUGAUCUUCUCCUCACCAAUCUUGCCAAGUUGGUCGAAUAUGCGAAGCACACCGCUCCCCCUCCCAAGGCGUCUUCAGGACCGAGUGUCCUUUCGUUGUCGUUGACGACACCGCUUGGCCAACGACAUUUGACGAUCCUUUCGUUGCUCGCUCCGUACUCGACUUCACCCAGCCAAGCUAUCACCCUUCUCAACCUGUUCUUGCCUGUGUUCCGCAAGCCCAAUAAACAGGCGCCCGAGAAGGUCAAGUCGAAUAUCCUUAUCAUCAUCCGCAACAUGAUGCGUUUGGUGCCGGAUUUGAAGUCGUUGGAGUCACCUCUUUGGCGCAGGGUGUUCGAUACGCUGUCGCAUCUUCUUUUGACGCUCAAGACUCGCGUUGGGCGUACGCAGCUCGUGGAAGCGUUCACCCAGCUGGGAUCGAUCGCCAACGAACAAGGCCAAGGAUGGCUGCUUGCCAUUGCCCAGCAACUCGCAUCGCUCAACGCCUAUUCGGUGAAGAGGCUGGACGAACCAGAUUUUGACCGCCGUCUUGCAGCUUACUCGAGCUUCAAUGAUGAUGCGUCUCAGUCGACUUCGUUGGCCCCGUUGGCGUGGAUCCCGCUCCUGCAGCAGGCGUUCUUUGAUAUUCAGGAUGGGGAGGAGUUGGCGGUGCGAGCUGCUGCUGCGCAUACGUUGCGGCGGUUUGUGGAUGUUGUGGCGAGUUCGGCGGUUAUUGCUGAGGCUAUCCCUGGCGGCUCUGCGGAGGCGACGACGUACAAUACCGUCUUCCUUUCAGUAUACCUAUCCGGCCUGCGAUCCCUCGUCUCUGCUCCGCUACACGUUCAUUCACCCACCUUGGAAUCGUCGCUCUCGGUCAAGGCUGACCUCCUCGGCGUUCUGUCGUACACCGUCGCUCAGUCACCGGAGACUAUCAGUCCGACCAUUGCAGCGCUGCGACCUCUGCUAGAAGGUGGAGACGAAGAAGCCAAUUUUUUCAACAACGUCCUGCAUAUCCAGGUCCAUCGACGGACUCGUGCAGUCAGAAGGCUUGGGGAACGAGCUGAUAGGGAAGGCUUCCAAACUGCGGGCAAGGAGCACGAGGCGGGUGUGGUCAGGGACUGGCUGAUCCCGAUCGUCUGCUGGUUCAUUGGGAAUGGAGGAGGGUUCAAGACUACGAAUUCGGCUCAGAAGCAGGAUCAGCAGCAGCAUUUGACGACGAAUGAGGCUAUCCAUGCGAUGGGCAAGUUGGCGAGACACUUGCCGUGGGCGCCUUACUAUGCAUUGGUCCAGCGGUAUCUUCGUUUGGCGAAGGCGAGGACUGAAUGGGAGAAGGUGUAUGUUAGGACGAUUGUUUCUGUGUUGGAGAACUUUACGUUUGUGGUGUCGGAUGGUGAGGAGAAGGUGGAGGCUGAUGCGAUGGAUGUUGAUGGACAAGAAUCACCGACAGCUGCAGCUGAAGUUGCUGAAGGCGCUGAUGCGGAGGCUGAGGAACAGGAAGAAGCGGCUGUGGAGGAAGGGGAGUUGCAUAUCCCUGAAGCUAAGCCGGACGCCCCUGUCCCUCGUCGACAACCCAAGAUCCUCACCUCGCUGAAGAGCAAGCUCCUUCCCGCCUUGCUCACGUAUCUCUCUCCGCCGUCGCAUCGUUUCGAAGAAGACCAGACGCCGCUGACUGUCCGCCUACCCAUCGCUGUUGCCAUCGCACGGCUCACCCUGUACCUUCCCGUUUCUUCUCCGCAGGAUAUCGACAGGAAGAAGACUGAGCUCCGUCGACUGGCCACUGAACUCAGCCACAUGAUGAGGAGUAGGAGCCAGGAGGUCAGAGAUAGUGUCCGGGAGGUUUUGGGGAGGAUUGCGAUGUUGGUGCUUCGUGUUGGGGAGGAGGAGAAGAAUGUUCCGGCUGCUGCUACUGGUGAGGAUGUGGGGUUUGACAGGGUGCAGUACCUGCGAGUGGUUGUGGAGGAACUUGCGACUGCGUUGGUUCGUGGCCCUCAAGUCCAUGUUCUCGCUUGCACUGUUCAGUCGAUCGUUACCAAAGUCACGUUGGGAGUGGAGGAGGCGAAUCGGAUGGAGAAGAAUAGUGAAGAGGGUGUAGACGAAUCUUCCAAAACCGCUGAUGACGACAGUACCAUUCCCAUCGACACUACGAAACGGUCUCCCAUACUCCUGGACAACAUUUUGCACCUGAUUUGCGACAUUGCCUCUCGUAUUCUUUUCGGUGAUGUGGCGGUUUCUGAAGGACAAGACGGUGCACCGGGCCCUCCCAAUCACGCCUCUGCGGCAUUCCGAGAACCUCGAAAGUCGACCAACGCGUCCUAUACUCUUUUCGCUCUUGCUGCUCAGUUCACUUCGCCGAGCAGAUUACCGGACCUCUUCAAGGACGUGAGAAGUGUGAUGAAGACCACGAGCAACAUGAAGGUCUUGAACAUGGUGGACGAGGUGCUGCGUAGGGUUAGCGGGGGAUUGGAGCGGAACGCUGGUGUGGAACUGAAGAAGCAGGAGGCGGACGCCACUACCCCUCCAGAUGGCGAUUGGCUUCUUACUGUCAUCUCCGGCCUCAUCACUGGCAACAUCGCAUUUUUGAAGGAACGCCCCGAGCCGUUGAAGGCGAAGAACAAGAAGAAGCGCCGGGAUGGAAGUGAUAAGCCCGAUGACCAUAUCGUUCAAACCAAGCGUGUUGUGAAGCAAGAGGUUGAUCACUAUGCGCACAAUUCUUUCAGGUUUAUCGUUCUUGGCCUGGACCUGUUCAACUCGGCUAUGCGUCGGGGUCGUUUCAUGUCCGCAUCGGACGCCGCGUAUCGUCAAAUUGACCUCCUCCUACCCGCCAUCGGAAAUACGCUUUACUCGGCUUCGACACCGGUCCUUCUUGCCGCCCUCAAGUCGGUCGCGUUGCUGGUGACUCGCUUCGCUACCAAGCUUCCAGGAAUGCGUCGCGCCCUUCCCGUCUAUGUCAACCAGGUUAUCAGCAUCAUUCGAACCAGCGGAGGCGGCGGAGGAAGCAUGGGAGGCACCGAUGGCGAUCUCUUGCAGUCGGCGUUGAGAACGUUGGGCGUGAUGAUCAGGGACGGUCCGAAGACAAUGACGGGCUCCGACGGGACGGUCAGUCCUGGGGUUGAGAUUCAGGAGAAGGACCUUUCAUUCUUGCUCGAGCUUGUCACGCCAGACCUUGAAGAUCCGGACAAGCAGAAUGUAACGUUCACCCUGCUGCGCGCCAUUGUCUCGAGGCGUUUCAUUGUGCCGGAAAUGUACGACAUCAUGGAGGAUCGAGUGGCCCCCCUGUUGGUUCAAUCCCAAUCUGGUGUGGUGCGGGAGCAAGCUCGGGCGUUGCUGCUCCAAUUCAUGCUCGAUUAUCCUCAAGGCAAGGGACGCCUGCAGAAGACCUUAGCCUUCCUCCUUCGCAAUGCGACAACGUAUGUUCACGAAUCCGGUCGGGUUUCUAUCCUCGAGCUGCUUGGUGCGAUCCUCAGCAAAUUCCAAGUCGGCCUCAUCAAGGAAUACGGGGAGAUGGUCUUUGUCACCUUGGUCAUGGUCAUCGCGAAUGACGAUAGUGCCAAGUGCAAGGAGAUGGCGGCUGCCCUGCUCACCACUCUGUAUGGAAGGUUCGACCCUGACGCUCGAAAGACCUUUGUUCGCAGCUGGCUCAGGAAGUGGGUGAAGGCUGGUACUCAAACGACCGAAGGUGGCAAAAAGAAGCUGGCAUGGGUUGCACUACAGGUUUGGGGCAUCGUGGUUGAUGCUGCGGUCAAGGAUCAAGAGGAAACCGUUCAAGAUUGGUGCAAAGAUACGAUCGAAGACGUGACCCUCGCCCUGCAUCAAAGCAAAUCUCACUUCGACUCGCUUGCGCAAUCCGCAGACGAGGACAGUAUGGAUGUGGAUGGACCCAGCAAGCCUUCGAAUGAAUUGGAGUGGCAGCUUGCCUACUAUUCCUUGACGGCGCUGAGCAAGGUCCUAAGGGCUGUCCCUUCGUAUGCUCGGUGCGAUCCUAGCGACAAAGGAAAGGGUAUCCCUGUUCCAUGGAACCUGGUUACUGCCCAUCUUCUGUUCCCACAUGCAUGGGUUCGAACCGCCGCAUCAAGGGCUUUAGGCGUUCUCUUCAAUGCCCACCCAAUUGCCAGCGUCGCCGCUAUCCUCCAAUCUUCGACCUUCGAACCUGGCCAUCCGUUUGCACCGGGAGGUCUCAGAGACACAGCCUCGAAGCUAUGCGAUCAGCUGAAGAGCGAGCAUUUGGACUCGGCACUUGGCCUACAAGUCGUCAAGAACCUUGUCUGGAUCGGUCGUUAUUGGUCCUCCGAAGAUGACGACUCAUCUCAGUCGGCUGAGAUCGAAGUGGAGAGCGAGGCGGAAGACGAUGAAGCAGGCGAAGCUGAACUUGAACAAGGACCAGCCGGGCUCGAUAACCUUCCUUGGUUGUUCUCGAAGUUGUCAUAUCAAGUCCGCGGGGCCUUGAUUAGGAGGAAGGGUAGACAAGGACGUAACAACCCGAACUGGACGCAGCAGCCCCUAGCUGUCGUUCGCUGGUUUGCUGCCAUGGUCACAUACCUGGAGCCCAAACGGCUGGAGCAGUUCCUAACCCACAUCUUGAGCCCCCUCUACCGCAUCAUCGAAGAGGAUACCAUUCGUGAUGAUCAACUAGAGGAACUCAAAACGACCGCGAUCGAGCUCCGUGAACUUGUUCAGCAGAAGGUCGGCGGAACGACUUUCUCGCUAGUCUACAACACUAUUCGUCAAAGGAUCUUGGAUACGAGAAGGGAUAGACGAACGAAGCGAGUGAUGUUGGCCACGCAUCAUCCGGAGCAGGCUCAAAGGCGGAAGGAGAAAAAGCUGAAACUGAAGAAGGACAGCAAGAAGCGCAGAGACCACAGCUUCAUCGACGCGAGAGGAGGGAAACGGAGACGCAAGGAAGCAUAG